AUGGGUCGACCGUCCGAUUCCGAUAUUCCUCUCCGCUCCAUUGACGAUAGCGACCGACCUCCGCUCUACGACGAUGUGACCGACGUCCCGUCCUCCACGCCAGUCGAAACUUCGAUCCCUGGCGGCCGUGAGGGGACUACAUUCAACAACAUCCAUGGAAAAGGCGGCACUUUCACGCUAUCACCGUCGCUCUCUAAAUGCCCCAGCGCCCUCUAUCGCCUCAUCUCCUCACAGGCCGAAAUGCCACCGCGUCAAUAUAUUCACAUCAAAGGGUGCAAGAGCAAGGGAGAAGAGCCAUGGGAGUUCAACUUCACGCUCGACUUGACGCCGACGCUCCUGCAACUUGGCGAAGGUAGAAAAGAGUGGCAUGAACUGCUGCUCCACCACGUUGGGCAUGACGGAGCACCACAUUUCGAUAGGAGCGUUAUGUGGGCUCCUGGGUGGGAAGAGUCUUCACGCCGUCGAAAUUCCCACGAAGCAGCGGAUUUGGAGGAAGGUACUGGGGAGCCAGAGGAUCAUACUCUCCUAGGUGCGGAUGCCGAUCGCUCAAACAAAAGCACCCCUGGACUGAUGGACUGGUGUGAGCGGUUUUGUCGUGAUCCUGCCCGGGUCAAGUCGUUUACUUUGACACGAGAGUUGAUCGGAUUCGACAUUGAACCUAUGCGUACCGAGCUGACAGCGUACCUCCGCGCCCUGAACUAUGGCGGAUACAUUGAAAUCACAACCUCCAUUCCAAACAGCUUUGUUACGAUCUACACUCCUCACUGGAUAAAUUAUCUGCGAACCAGCACCUUCGUCUUCUGGGUCCUCGCUCUGACACAGCUAUGGAUUAUCACGGCGUUUGUGUUAGGCUGCCUCGAUCAACCCUACCAUGUCGUGAGUUCAGUCUGGAGGUCUUCCCGUGAACUCGGAGAUCCCAAUGUGUUCUCAAGGAAGGUCUAUGCGCAUGGCCGUGACGAGACAAAAUUGGCAGACUUCUGGGCACCCACGGUAGCACAAGCAUUCUUGGAUCGACGGAAUGACGGGUUUAUGCUUAGAGAGGAAAGUCUGCAACAUCUUCACCAGCGCGCACAAGAACGUAGGGAUCACAUACAGUCAUUUUUACCCCAGCUGAAUGUACUAGGGGGCCUCCUGAGAGCUGAGGGUGUGCAGGCCGGUAGUGGCGAGUCCAUAGGAUAA